CCAUUUUCACAGUUUUGCACAAUAGCAAAAAAAAACUUCAAUUGCACAAUAUUGCGCUAUAAAAAAAUACCUGAAUCUAGAUUUUCCCUAUACUUUAUAGUGUUAAAUUUUUGAGCAAAUAAAUUGAUUGAUAGCGUUAAAAAAAUAAAUGAAAUUUUCUAACUCAAACAAAAAGCAAUACCCCCACCCCUUUUAAAGUAUAUUGGUUGCUCCCUAUACCAUUCAUCGACGUCAUAAACAUCUCUUUUGGCAACGUUAUCUUCGAUGUAUCGUCGAUAAAUUGCACAAGGAUAUUUUUUAGACGUAUAAAGAAUUGAUUGUGCAGCUUUCUGAAGAAAGUAGAAAUCGUGAGCGAAGUGUGUUGACUCAACAAUCAACAGGACAACUCCAGUAUGGAGUGGACAGCAGAAAAAGAAGAAAAAGUACAUAAAGUAGCAGCUGGGUUGAGCGAAGCAAUCAUUUGUGUGGCGACAUUUGAAUUCACUUACGAACAGUGGGCAAAUGUAGAAGGAGACAUAAGAGCAGCUGAGGAUAGGGAAUCUGACCUGAUAAAGGAGUUAGAUAAAUUAAAAGAACAUGGCACAACAGAAAAAGAAGAUUUAGAAAGGGAAGAAUAUGGGUUUAAUGUUCAAGACGACACCGGUAAUAUAUCUGACGAAUUGAAAGACUUGGACGAAGCAUUAGACGUGGCAGAACAGCAGAUGGCAUCUAUAAGAUCAAAACGCCAAGGUGCACCUAUGAGUGAAGCAGAGCAACAAGAGGCAUUAGUUAGAGCAGAACAUCAAGAGGAAUCUGUGAGUGCGCCAGAACAACAAGAGGCAUCUGCGAGUGCAACAGAACAAGAGGAAUCUAUGAGUGUAGAAGAACAAAAAGAGGCAUACAUGAAAUUAGCAGAUGGUUUAGGACCAACAGAAAAAUCGCCAAAGAAUGUCGGAAAUCUUUUCCAGAAUAUUGUCCAGAAUGGAGCUGUUAGCAAACAAUCAAAAAAGGAAAAAAAGAGGAUAAAAAGAAAUAUUAAGAAAGACGAGAAAUUAAGAGAAAAAAUUGCUAAAAAAGAGGAAAGAGUUGUACAGUUGCACUUCAAGUUGGUAGAUCAAAUUAUGAAACGGUACAACAAGGACGUCAAAGUACAACGAAAAAUAGAAGAACAGAGGAAAAAGAAGAUUGACAAGAUUGGGAUAAAAGCUCAAAAGAAACUGGAUAAAGAAAUGAAGAGAAUAAAAAAAGUAGAUGCAAAAGAUGAAAAGAAGAAAAAGACCCCAAUAAAGGUUGAAAAAGACAAAAAGAAGGUGAAAGAGGCACGCAAAAAAGAUGGUGCAAAGGCUAUGAAGAAAAACAAAACAAGGAAAGAGGCAGAGAAAAACAAAGAGGAAAAGAAGAUAGAGGCACCAACUAAAGAUGGUGUACGGGCUAUGAAGAAAAACAAACAAAAGAAAGAGGCAGAGAAAAACAAAGAGGAAACGAAGAUAGAGGCACAAACUAAAGAUGGUGUACAGGCUAUGAAGAAAAACAAAACGAAAAUAGAGACAAAGAAAAACCAAGAUGAAAAGAAGAAAGGGUCCAAAACCAUGGAAAACAUUGAUAAUGGCGGAAAGAAAAAAUCAAUUUCAGCAAAUAUUCAGGCAUUUUUUUCGAAUCUUUUCUUGAGAAAACGUCAGGAAAAGGAUAAAGCUGCAGUUUGAUACAUUGUGUUUUUUUGUAUUAUACCAAAAUUUUUAUAUU